GCCAUUCACUCCUUCAAAAGCAGUGUCCCGGCGUCUUCUCUACAUUACUUAGUCAAUAUUUCAUCUACGCAGCCAAAGGGUCGUAGUGACGAUGGGGUCAUCAUCCUCGGAAGAAAUCAUUAGCACUCGGUCUUUAGACCAGUUUCUGGUGUCCCAAGAUCGUCUCAUAAAACAGGCUUCAAAAGCACUCCCCCAUUCCUUUGACAAAUGCACGUACUCCCUUGGACAUAUUAAGCAGGCCGUAUAUUGGUGUAAGACUUGCAACGGGACAUUCGGCCUGUGCUCCGCUUGUAGCAUCGCCUGCCAUGGCAAUCAUGAACAGAUAGAAUUGUUUCCUAAAAGGAAUUUCCGUUGCGAUUGCCCUACAUCAAGCUCCCCUAUCAGCUGCAUGCUUCAUCGCCUUACGGAGGAGCCCAACGCCGAAAACCCAUAUGGGCAAAAUUUCCGGGGGAUAUUUUGCCGAUGUGGGAAGCCCUAUGACCCUACUGCCGAGACAGAAACUAUGCUCCAAUGCCUCGUAUGUGAGGAUUGGUAUCAUGAAUCUUGCCUCAAUCUACGAAAAACCGAAGCUCCGUCACUCGAGUCCAAGCAAGAUGCAAAUGUUUCUACAGCUCCUAUGACAGACCUUGCCGAGGACUCCGAUUCAGAAGGGGAACUUGAAGAAGAGGACGACCCUAACUUGCUCAUCGCUCCUUCUUCCUAUGAAUCUCUGGUGUGCAGUGCUUGUGUUCUUGACAGUCCGUUCCUUUCAUUGUACGCGGGGACUCUUGGUGUGCGCAUGAUAAUACGGGGCGAGCAUGAUAACAGUUGGAUAGUCAUUGGGGGUGCCGACAUCGACAGCCAGUUAGGGGACCAAGCAAGGCCCGACAUUGGGGACUACACAGCACUUCAAGUGGAACCGUCGGGAGGGUCUCAAGCACCCCAUCUUGCUAAGCGCGCACUCUCUCCGGAUAUCGAGAGGAAUGGAGGUGAAGCGAAGCGUCAACGACGCGGGGCAUCACCUCCUUCAGAAUCCAAAAACUCUCCUGGUGGUUUGAAACCAGUCGGUUCUGUGUCGUGCUCACGUCCACCAGAAAACUCACUUGCCCAAGCCACAAUUCACUGCCGAAAGACUCGGAAGCCGUUGACAGGUAGCUCUUCGCCAUCAAUCGAAGAUUUAGGUGAUUGCGACAUUUUUCUAAGCGAGGGAUUCCGAUUACGCUGGUGUCGUUGUGCAGAUUGUACAUUGAUGUUUGAAUGGGAGAAGAAUCAUCCACGAUACAGAUUUCUAUUUGAAGAGGAGCCCGACUUGUAUGAACCACCCGAAGACCCAGAUUCUGGGACAUCUUUGGAGGAACUCGGUAUGCGUGCUUUGGAUAGGCUCCCUCGGGAUAAAACGAUCGAUGGAAUACAAGCGUAUAAUAACAUGCGGGAUGAACUCAUUGAGUAUCUCCGGCCAUUUGCUGCAAGCGGUCGAGUGGUGGAAGAGAGUGAUAUGACAACGUUCUUCAAACAACAAAGAGCAAAAUUGGCUACCGAAGAUCAUUAAAAUAUGCGUCGCGAUCCAGCCGACCGUACCCGUCUGUUCGCAGAGUCGUACCCUAAACGGUGUUUCGUAUUCUGUUCCUACGGAAGGGGGCAAUGUGUCAUCCAACGAGUCCCAACCUACGGGAGCCAAGGCACGGCGGUUUGAUGCAUCGAUAUUAUUAUACAAUCGAAUGAUUCUCCAUCAAUGGCAGUUUUGGCCCUCUAGACAAGACGGCCGGGGGCUAUAAGUCGCCCUCAAAAAUCGAGCUUUCAAUACACGAUGACAUCAGGCGAAAGGCGUGCAAAUAGUCACGUAUCUCCCCGUGGUUUCCGAGUCUGAGGAGACCCACAUCUUACGCGUCCCAAUACUGGAUCGUCGACGUUCGCAGCAAGUGACAAAAAUUCGUGUAUCCACUUUGGAUGUACUAUUCCAAAGUUGC